AUGACGGCAAUCCAACGAUUUGAAGCUGCAAAAAAGAACGCAUUAUGCAUAAACUGUCUUUCACCGGCGCAUCUAGUGAGAAACUGCACAAGUGGAGCCUGUCGUGUGUGCAGCCAGAAACACCAUACAAUGCUGCAUCAACGGACUAAUUCGUCAAAUAGCCAAGUUAACCAUACCCAGCCUAACAAACCCUCUUCGUCCGGAAUGCAACCUUCUCCUUCGUCAUCCACUCCGACCAAGCUCUCAAUACCUUCGCAGUCACGCAACCUGCAACAAUGUACUGAGAACCAAGUCCCCACAGUCUCCGCUCUCUCAACCAACCACUUGUCGUCACCUUCCGACAUUAUUCGUGGACAACUUCCUUCGACUGUGUUACUCUCGACGGCGCUCGUGAAAGUCUUUGACUCUUGCGGAAGGUUCAUCUGGGCCCGUGCUCUUCUCGAUUCUGGAUCGCAACUAAAUUUCGUAUCGGAGCAACUGAUCCAGAAAUUAGGACUCAAACGUGUACGAGAAUUCGUUCCAAUCAGCGGCGUUGGACUCUCGUCUACAGCAUCCAAACAUUCUACUAUCGUUCGCCUUCAGUCCCAUCGCGCUGAUUUCGAAGCAAACUGGAAAUUCCACGUACUUUCAAAAAUUACAAUGGAACUACCAUCCCAAGCAGUUGACAUGUCCCGACUGAACUGGCCACUUAACAUCGUCCUAGCAGACCCAACUUUCCAUCAACCCGGUCCUAUCGAUCUAAUAUUUGGAGUGGAAAAUUUCUACGAUCUGUUGCGGGAGGGGCAGAUCAAAAAUAGUCAUGAUGAACCCCUAUUGCAGAGUACGGCUCUUGGAUGGGUGGUGUCAGGCCGAGUCAACGUAGUUGCUUUACCGUCGUUCACGAGCUUCGCACAUAUGUGUAGUACACCGUCAUUAGAAGAACAAUUAACACGCUUCUGGGAGAUUGAAGCUUGUCAUUCGAAAAGCACAUUAUCGUUAGAGGAGUCUGCUUGUGAAGAACAUUUCGCAACCAAUACUAUUCGAAAUUCUUCAGGUCGUUUCGUCGUCGCCUUGCCAAAGAGAAGUUCAGUGAUCGCAGAGCUAGGAAACUCAAAAACCAUUGCUACUCGUCGCUUUCUUUCCCUCGAACGUCGCCUUACUGCAAAUCCUGUACUGAAAGAAGCUUAUUCUGAAUUCAUUCACGAGUACGCCCAGCUCGGACAUAUGAAGCUGAUUAAUGAUAUUGCCGAUUCUGAUCGAUCCUCUCCGUCCUAUUAUUUGCCUCACCAUUGCGUCGUCCGACCAGAUAGCAUCACCACUAAACUUCGUGUGGUCUUCGAUGCUUCGUGCUCCACAGACACAGGAGUGUCUUUAAACGACUUACUAAUGGUCGGUCCACUCGUGCAGGAUGACCUUCUUACCAUUAUCCUACGAUUUCGGAUGGCACAGUUUGCUAUCAUCUCUGACAUCGAAAAGAUGUAUAGGCAAAUUCUGGUCUGUGACAAUGAUCAGCCACUCCAACGAAUAUUAUGGAGAGACUUACCAUCACAACAGAUUCUGAGCUACCAGCUAACAACGGUUACGUACGGUACAUCAUCAGCUCCUUACCUCGCAACAAAGAGUCUCCAGAGACUGGCUGAAGACAGUUCGGAAAAGUUUCCAGUAGCAGCAGAAGUCAUCCGACGAGACUUUUACAUGGACGAUAUGCUUAGUGGGGUCGACAGCGUGGAAGAAGGCCAAGAACUCUGUAGGCAGUUGAUUCAUGUGAUGAACUCUGCUGGAUUUCAGCUCCGGAAAUGGGCUUCAAAUGAGCCCAAGGUUCUAGAAGAAAUUCCACUCCCCCUAAGGGACGAACGAACUAUUUUCGACCUCGACUCGUCGGUUUCGCCGAUAAAGACACUGGGUUUGCAGUGGGAUACAUCGACAGAUGCAUUUCUUUUCGAAGCUCCGAAGCACAGUGAACAGAUACCAAUAACCAAACGCGUGGUUCUGUCGGAUAUCGCUCGGCUUUUUGACCCUCUGGGGUUAGUUGGGCCAAUCGUCGUCUUAGCAAAACUGUUCAUGCAAGAGCUUUGGCGAGAAGGAAAAAAUUGGGAUGAUGCGCUUUGCGAUUCUCAUCAACGUUAUUGGUCAGAAUUUCGCGAUGAUCUUCACGCUCUUUCGUUAAUGAAAAUACCUCGAUGGGUCGUGUCUACACCAUCCGCAGUUUGUUUGGAGCUACAUGGGUUUUGCGACGCUUCGGAGAAGGCGUACGGCGCUUGCAUUUACGUCCGCGCAGUCUCUUCCAGCGGAAGCAUCCACGUUAACUUGCUGACCGCCAAAUCUAAGGUGGCACCGAUUGGAAAAACGAAAAAAGAUGGUACCGUCUGUUUGCCACGUCUGGAGCUCUCUGCAGCCCUCUUGCUAAGCCAUCUCUUCGAAAAGGUUCAAUCUAGCCUAAACCUUAAAGGUAGCAGUUUCUUCUGGACCGAUUCAACUAUAGUCCUUGCCUGGCUCUCCGCCAGUCCAUCGCGCUGGAAAACUUUUGUGGCAAAUCGGACCUCAGAAAUCCAGCGAAUCACAACCAAAGGCAUCUGGGCACAUGUUCCAGAAACAUUCACUCCCGAACAACUAGAAGAACGAGUGAUUGCCCUUCCAAUUCAGGUCCAGCCUCCUAAUGAGUUGUUUCUGCGUUAUUCAUCCUUCAACAAACUCGUACGUGUUGUAUCGUGGAUCCAAAGAUUCAGUUUUAACUCGAGGAUUCAGAACCGUUACGGAAGGAAAACCGGGUUUCUUUCAGUAAUUGAAAUUAAACAGGCUACACACUGCCUGGUGAAACUCGCUCAGGAUGAAAGAUUCUCUCAGGAUCUCGCGGAAGUAGCUCGAAAUGGGCAAGUCAAACAGAAUUCUCGAUUGAAAACUCUUACUCCAAUACUAACGAAUGGCGUAUUGCGUGUCGGUGGCCGGCUGCGCCAUGCUCCCGUAAGCUACGACCAACGGCAUCCGAUGAUCCUGCCGGACAAACAUCCUUUCACUGAGCUACUAGUAGUUCACUACCACCGAAAGCUUUUACAUGCUGGUCCGCAGUUGCUAAUUGACACCAUUCGUGAAAGAUUCUGGCCGCUGCGAAUAAGAAACCUUGCCCGCCAAACUGUUCACUCCUGCGUCAGCUGUUUUCGUUGCAAACCUAAGAUCCUGCAACAGUUAAUGGGUGAACUUCCACCGGAGCGCGUUACACCAGCAUUCCCGUUUCUCCGCACGGGUUUGGAUUACUGUGGACCUUUUUAUUAUCGUCAAUCUCGCCGAGCUGCCCCUGUUAAAUGUUUUGUUUCCAUUUUCGUAUGCCUUGUAACUAAGGCGGUCCACAUUGAGUGCGUUGGAGACCUAUCGACCAACUCAUUCCUAGCUGCUCUGAAACGGUUUGUCGCUCGCCGAGGGAAACCAGAGUUGAUUGAGUGCGACAAUGCAACCAACUUUAAAGGAGCUCAACGCGAAUUGAACGAUUUAGCCCAACUAUUCUUAUCUCAGCAGCACCAAGAACUGAUCACUACCAACUGUACGGAAAAUGGGAUUACGUCAAGGGAACCAAGGCUCGAAGAUGUGCCUUCCAACCGCUUAGACCGAUGGCAGCAAACACAGGAAUACGUCCGGCGAAUUUGGAAGCAGUGGCAGUCGGAAUAUUUGUCCGGGUUGCAGCCUCGUACUCAAUGGACUCAACAACGAGACAACAUUUCGGUGGGUACCAUGGUACUGGUGAAGGAAGAAAACCUUCCACCACUUAAAUGGAAAUUCGGACGAAUAGUACAAGUCUUCACGGCUGAUGAUGGCAACAUCCGGGUAGUAACCGUUAGGACGAAGGACGGUGAAUUUCGUCGUGGAAUCUCCAAAAUCUGCGUAUUGCCCAUUCAGAGACCUACGGAAUACCUCGAUGAUGAAGCCACUGAUCCACACGAAGGAACCUAG